GACAAGCGUACCACAGUGAUGGUAAAGGAUGUGCCCAAUAAGCUAUCCCGUCAGGAGCUCGUCGACAUCCUCAACCAGGUUGUGCCGGGCGAGUUUGAUUUUGUCUACCUGCGCUUUGACUUCAGCAACCACUGCAAUGUCGGAUAUGCCUUCGUGAACUUCACUUCCACUCGUGCCCUUCUUCACUUUUACCGUGCGCGAGUCGGUAAGCGUUGGAACAUGUUCUCGAGCGAGAAGGUCCUUCAGCAGACCGUGUACGCUACCAUUCAAGGAAAGAUCGCCUUGGUCAACAAGUUCCGCAACUCGGCAGUCAUGGCGGUCCAGGAAGAGUGGCGUCCGCAGAUCUUCUACUCGGACGGCGCUCUGCGAGGCCAGCCGGAACCGUUUCCGGAGGUAACGCGCACCCAACGCCGACAUUGGCUGACAGCAGUCAGACUCCAUCUCUCGAGGCCAGCGCUCAGCUUCCUCCUCUCAGCUUUCGUUCCUCUCAAGUACGUCCACUCUUGACACUUCAGCUCCGCUUUCAAGCCGUCAUUGACGGCAGGUCCUUCGGCAGACCGAGGUAGCUACGACUUCCAGUGAUCCCACCACGCCUCAGCUCUGAGCCAAGUCCCAUUC